AUGGAGAGAAGCCUGCAGCGUCGUGAAAGUUUCCCUAAAGUCUCCAUACCUCAGUCAGAUGUUUUAACAAAAAGGAGACUGAGUUUUGCUACGGUUGCCAAGAAAGCUCUUCAGCACAAGAGAGAGGAUGAGCGGGAAAGAGAGAGGAAUGAGCUGAAAUCUCGGAUUGAAGAACUAGAACACUACAGAACAAAGCAUGAUGAUCUCCUGCAGGAAAACAAGAUACUGCAGAAAAAGGUUGAUCAAAUGUAUCUUGGACAAAAUGAUUCAAGUCAAAAGCUCCUUAAAACGAUGGAGCUGAAUGAAAGACUUCGUUUAGAUAGCAAGAAAAAGACGGAGCAGAUUGAGAAGUUUCAGCGGGACACACGCUUCAUGGAAGAUCGUAUACGGAACCUGGAAAUCAGAGCUUCUGAAGUAGACAAGGCUGAACUUAUUCUGGAAUCGACCAAACAGAAUUUGGAAUCUACAUUAGCCCAGCUUAGAGGACGCGAACAUGAAAUAAGAAAACUGACGUCAGAACAGGAAGAAACAGACAAAAAGUUAGAGCAAGCGUACAAAGAGGUCAAAGAAAUGGAGACAAAGACGCAGGACCUGAAGUACCAAGUACGACAGGAGCUAAUGAAGAACGAAAAUAUAGAAAAGAAUUUGGAAACGAUUCCUAGAUUGAAAGAAGAAAUAGAGGAAAAAGAGCUACACAUCCAGAGCAUGCAGAAAGAGCUCGAGGAGAAGACAAUUUUACUGACCACAUCAAGGAAGGCUGUACGGGAAUAUCGGGAACAGCUGAGGGACUUAGAGAGGACAGCAUCACAGUCUGAGAACCUGAAAGAGGAGCUAGGAAUUGUCCAGUGUGAAGUCACUACUCUCAAAAAGCUGCUACAGGGAAAAGAUUACCUCAUUUUGCAGAAGUCCAAGGCAUUAGAUCUGGCAAAGGAUGCAAUCAUCACCAUGAAACAGUCAACAGAGAGAGAACAGAUAGACAAAAUAGUUCGUCUUCUGGAGAAGAUUGGAAACCAACAACCACAAUAUAAACCAUCUGGCAGCGUGAGUUCCAGUGACCACACCUUCAGUGAUACCCAAGGCAGUGGAGACCACCUCUCACCACAGUCAGGCCGGAACAAGGCUUUCCCCAAACAAAAUAAUGGACCGGACAUAGAUGUGAACAAACACCCUUAUUCCGGUGAGAUGGAGAAAAAGUCAUAUUACAGAAAGCGUCCGGUGUCUGCAGAUAUCAUACAAGAACUUUUAAUGGGUAGUAAUGAAGAUCUGCGUUCAAAAACUGCCAUAGUAAGGCCCACAGUCAAACGGACGUCCUCAUACAAGGAGACAGCUAGCAUCGCGAGAACUCAUUCGUCCCUGUCAAAACGGUCACACCAGUCGAGCGAGCCAUCCUCAGGACGAAUGUCGGCUGUUGACCGUAAACACACGAGUAACUGUUUUGAAAGGACAGAAGGCACUUCAUACAGUAGAAACAGUAUGAAUUAUGAUUCUAUAAGUCAACGAACACAGUCCCCACGUGGCACAUCACCUUGGAUACAUAGGUCAAGGUCAGAGCAGUCACUCAGUAGCGAACUGUCGUCAUUGUCUUCAGCCAAUUUGACUAAUUCCACAAGUACAGCUUUAAUAUCAAAACUGGCCAAACUUUCUUCCCGACAGAAAGAGGAUAUUUUGUGUAAAUUUGUGUCUCUCGGGGAUAGGAUUUUAUUCAGUGUGCCCCAGAAGCCUCCACGUUACGGCAAGAAAAUUGUUCCAAAGCCGAAGAUCUAUACUGGUAUCGUGAAGUACCGAGGCACUCUGGAUAAAGCUGGUUUUGACCCCCGUAUGUAUGUAGGAGUGAGGCUGGAUGAUCCAGUCGGUGAAACAGAUGGAAUGUACAAGGGAAAGCGUUAUAUGUAUACCCAAUAUGACGAGGGGAAAUUCUUUAAGUUGCUAGAUGCUACAUCGGUUCUGGAUGUUGAGGAUGGAAAGUACAAGCUGCUGUCUUCAUUACUGUGUAAGCAUAUACAGGACAGGACAACACCGGACGCAGACAGGACAACGAUAUGUUAA